AUGCUUCAUCAUAUUAGGACGCUUCUCCAGACACCUAUCAAUAGUUUCCAAGCUUGCCGCAAAAUCAUAGUCAUUCUCCAUGAGGUGCUGAAGAGCGUCUUCGAACAGAAUCCGCCCCUUGAAUUGACGCCAGAUGGCUUUCCAGUAGACAACUCGAGUCUGCUCGAUGAAAAGAUCCUCCAUCUCGGGAGGCUCCACGUCGAAGAUUCUUGGAGACCAAAUCUUCUCCUCGCACUCCUUGUCGUAGUGAACACUUGGUGGUUCAUGAUCUUCUAA